AUGACAGCACACUCCUUUGCCCUGCCAGUCAUCAUCUUCACCACGUUCUGGGGCCUCAUCGGCAUCGCUGGGCCCUGGUUCGUGCCCAAAGGACCCAACCGCGGGGUGAUCAUCACCAUGCUGGUAGCCACUGCUGUCUGCUGUUACCUCUUCUGGCUCAUCGCCAUCUUGGCCCAGCUGAACCCCCUGUUUGGACCACAGCUGAAGAAUGAGACCAUCUGGUAUGUGCGUUUCCUGUGGGAGUGACCAUGAGAGUGACCAGCUGGCUUCAGGCCCCAGGUGCGCUGCUGUGGAUGGCCCAGCCUUGAUACCCCUGGAGACCCUGCAUUCCCACUGGCCCCGCCCAUCAGCCGUCCCUUCUUUGUUCUCCGUGCCAAUGCUGUGGGAUCCACGCCUCCAGAACCAGCCUGGUUUCAACUUCCCAGCCAUUAGGGGGCCUCCAUUUGGGGAAGCCUUGGCUCAGUCCGGCCACAGCAGCGGCCAACCUGU